CUCACAGACUGAAUUAUUACUCUUUCACAGUGCAACAGUGUAAAUGAUAUAUCAUCAAAGAUCCCGUUGUAUGUAAGGAAUGCUUUGAUUCUGUGUGCACCCACAACAGUUUCCUAAAAAAUUGCUCGGAAGUACAGGAAAAAAUUAGAUGUCUUUUUAAUAGCGCAGCAACAGAGAGUCAGAUAGAUACGUCACCAUCCGAUUUAUUCGUUAAGACUGAAAACGAGGACAAAGAAUUCGACAUUAAUGAGAUGGAAAUGUCAAUCAAAGCUGAAAGUAUCGACAUAAAAUCGGAAGAUGAGGAAGGGAGCGACUCGCUACUGCAGAGCUCCGAUAGUGGAUCAUUCGAGAAGAGUGACUUUAGAGAUGCAGAAGAGGAUGGAUGUAAACAUGAGAAUAGAGCGACAAACGAAUGUAAUACCAAAGUCAAGCAGGACGACAAAGUAUUUUACAAAUGUGAUAAAUGUAUUUACGAAACUAGAAGCGAGAGUCGUUUUAUAGCACAUCGUGGGAGACACGAGAACGAUUCGGAAGCAUAUAAAUGUGAAUCGUGUGAGUAUGAAACUGAAAAUAAAAAAUUUUUUCAGAAGCACCGGCUAAGGCAUAAAGAUUCUUCAGAAACGCGUAUGCAUCGAUACGGAUCAUGUAAUUACAAGACAAAGAGCAGGUGUGAGCUUGCUAAGCAUCAGGUGAAACACAAAAGCGCAUCUGAAGGGCGAUUGUACGAGUGUGACAUUUGUGAUUUCAAAACAAAGCGGAAGUUCAGUUUUGACAGUCAUUAUAUAAAACAUAAAAACUCAAACAAUCGUGUAGAAUGUGACUAUAAAACCAAAUACACCGCAUUACCGAAUAAGAACAGUUUACAACUACCCAUUUAUAAAUAUGAUGGUUGUACAUACGAAUCAAAAAAUAAGAAAAACUUUACCAGGCAUCAGUUGGUACAUAAAGAUCCUUCGCAGGUCAAAAUGUACAAGUGUAAUAACUGCGAUUACAAAACAAUAAACAAGAAAUGUCUCGAACAGCAUCAACUGAAGCAUAAAGAUCCUUCGCAAGUUCAAAUGUACAAGUGUAACGACUGCGAUUACGAAACUAAAUACAAGGGUGUUAUGAAACAACACCAACUGAGACACAAAGAUCUUUCGCAGAUUCAAAUGUACAGGUGUAAUGACUGCGAUUUCAAAACUAAAUACAAAAGUUGUAUCAAACGGCAUCAACUUAAACAUAAAGAUCCUUCGCAGGUUCAAAUGUACAAGUGUAAUGACUGCGCUUUCGAAACUAGAUUCAAGAGAUAUAUCAAACAUCUUUGCUUCAAAACUGUAACCGUUGAAGGUUUUGAGGUAAUAGACAACGUUAUUAGAGAUACUUUAGAUGUUCUUUUGCUGAAAUUGAAAUUUGAUAGCGAGGGCAAAGAGGUUAUAUGUAACGUUUGCAGAAGAAAGUUAAACGCAGCAUUCGAAUUUAAGGCAACUUGUCUGAAGAACGAUUACACAAUUAUUCCAUAUGUGGAUUGUGAAAAAAUGUUACAGCUCGAUAUAAGAGAUGUGUAUACGAAGGAAAAGACAAACGAGUCAAUGGAUAUUUCAGAUAGUCGGAGAAUAUGUCGAUUGUGUAUGGAGCCAGUAGAAAGUGAGUUUAGGUGCAUUUGUAAAGAGGAGCUUGAAGCUAUCGAGAAAUUGGCUCCUGAAAUGAAUAUAAAUAUCAUCAAAGAUCCCGUUGUAUGUAAGGAAUGCUUUGAUUCUGUGUGCACCCACAACAGUUUCCUAAAAAAUUGCUUGGAAGUACAGGAAAAAAUUGGAGGUAUUUUUAAUAGCGCAGCAACAGAGAGUCGGAUAGAUACGUCACCAGCUGAUUUAUUCAUUAAGACCGAAAACCAGGACAUAGAAUUUGAUAUCAAUGGGAUGGAAAUAUCAAUCAAAGCUGAAAGUGUCGACAUAAAAUCGGAAGAUGAGGAAAUCAGUGACUCGCUACUGCAGAGCUCCGAUAGUGAAUCAUUCGAGAAGACCGUCCUUAGAGAUGCAGAAGAGGAUGGAUGUAAACAUGAGAAUAAAUCGACAAACAAAUCUAAUACGAAAGUCAAGCAGGAUGAAAGAGUAUUUUACACAUGUGAUAAAUGUAUUUACCAAACUGAAAGCGAGGGCCGUUUUAUAGCACACCGUGUGAGACACGAGAACGAUUCGGAAGCAUAUAGAUGUGAAUCGUAUGGCGCUAUCUACUUGGAGAAAUGGGAAGACGUAAUGAUUCGCAACAGGGAGACUAGACAAGGAGCACGUACUCAUACGGGAAAAUUGACAUAAUUUGUCCAAGAAAUGGCAGAAGUUGGGGUGUCGCUAGUGCUCCAUGUGUACCGAAGUGAAAAGAGCAUAAUAAACACGAGGGAAGUACAUAUGUGCUAUUAUACAGGGUGCCGCCUCGUACUGAUUUUUGAUGUGCGGCCUACCAGUUUUUGAUACCAAUACUAGCAUCAUGAACGCAGGUUGUGGGAUUUUAAUGGUAAACAAAUAAUUACGUUCAAACGUCAAAUAACAUAGGUUAUU